AUGGGUCUUUGCUUUAAGUUUUUAGUAUACGUCAUUGCUAUCGUGAUGUUCCUGUACUCUUUUGCAUGGUUCGUCUUUGAGAUCAACAAACUUGGUGGAACCUACACUGUUAUCACUAACUUUGGAGGAGCUGCUGAAGUCUUCCUUGAAGAUAAUGGAGUUCCAAGAAUUGUUGCCGAUAAUGAACUUGCUGGAGCCUAUGCGAAUGGCUACGUGCUUGCAUCCAACAGACUCUGGCAGAUGGAGUACCUCAGAAGACUCUCACAAGGAAGGAUGAGCGAGAUCUUUGGCAAAGCAACAGUGCCACUCGACGAAGGAUUUAGAAUUCUUGGAUUCACAAAUGUCUGUGAAAAAGAGCUCAAGUAUUUUGGAGAUACUGAUAAAGAAUAUUUUGAUGCAUUCUUCCAAGGGAUCAAUGAUUAUGCUCAUACACACACUAGACCCUUCCAGUUCUUUGCUUUUGGGAUUUCUCAUCAGAAUUAUACUGUUCUUGAUACAUGCACCUUGUAUAAAUUGAUGGGAUUCAUGCUUUCAGGAGAUUGGGGAAGCGAAAUACUUAGAGAUUAUAUGAGUGCAGUGACACAAGAUGAAGAACUGAUUCAAGCAAUCUCUUCUUAUUCCGAUGAAAAAUUUGAUGAAAUGACUCAAACUAUCUUAAAGGAAGAGGAACUGAUGGAUAUAGGAUUGCAUACUACAAAGAAACCUUCAAAGAUAGAAAAUCCUCUUAAAGGAAACAUUUCUGAAUAUAUUGAAGAAGUUGUUUCUGAGAUGAUAGAAGAAAUAGACAGUGUGAAAUUUGAUGGGAGCAACGCCUGGGUUAUCAGUGGAGAACAUACCGAAACAGGAAAACCAAUUAUCUCCAAUGACCCACAUCUCGGGAAUUCUUUGCCAUCUAUUUGGUAUUACUCACAUAUUGAGUACAGUGAUGGAAGAUUUAUUAGUGGUGUCACUCUUCCAGGAAUACCAUAUUUCGCAAUAUUUGCGACUGAGAAAGUUGCUUUCACAAUUACUGCAAUCCCUGCUGACUCUAGUGACGUAUACAAAGAAAAGAUCGUAGGUGAUAAAUAUGAAUACGAAGGAAAGCUAUACCCUCUCGAAGUGAGAGAAGAAAUUAUCAAAGUUAAGAAGAAAGAUGACAUUGUACUUAAAGUAAAAAGCACAAGACAUGGCCCUCUUAUUAAUACCAAGAGCAUUGAAUCGUUGAGUAAUAUUGCUCAUGGAGGUCCAGUAAUUAUGCCAAAUGGAACAUACUCUUAUAAAUGGAGAGGAAUAAUUGCUCAGAAAAAUAAUGCUUUGCAUAUUCUCACCAAGGUCAAUAGAGCUCAAUCUGCUGCAGAACUGCUUGAUUUAGUUAAAACCUCCAAUGGUGUAAAUAUAAACGUUGUAGUCUGUGAUAACCUAGGAGAGCAUGGCAACAUAGGGUUUGCUCCUUAUGGAUCCUACCCUAAGAGAACCAAGGACGCAGGCCACAGGAUCUCAAGAGGCUGGAUCAAUGAGAACGAGUGGGAUGGUGACAUCAAAGGAGAAGAUAAGCCAUAUUUGUGGAACCCAAAGAAAGGAUACAUUGUGAUGGCUAAUAAUCCAAUAAGUACUGCAAACACUAAAAGUCAGAUUUCUACCUACAGUUUGGGUACUGCUAGAGCUCUCAGGAUUACUCAAUUGAUAGAGGAGCUGAUAAAGACCAAAAGCGGCAAAAUUGGGUAUGAUGAUAUGAUUGAGAUUUUAAAAGACAUUAAAGAUCCAUAUGCUGAGCAGAAGAAGAAAUAUUUAGUCAAAAUUGCUAGAGAUUAUAUGAAAAAUGAGGGAAUCAAAAAUGGAGCUGAAGAAGAAGUAAUGGAUAAGAUUGAGAAAUGGGACAGCAUCUUUGAUGAAAAACUUACAGAACCGGUCUAUUUCACACUUUGGGAAUUUUUCUUUAGGAGCAGCUUUAUGUCAAAAAAUUUCAAAGAUAACAAACUAGUCCAGAUGAAGAUAAUUUCUAAUACUUAUGGAGAGUCCAACUUUAUUCAUCUCUACAAGAACAUUUCAGCUAAUAACUCUCAUUUUGCUCAAUAUUGUCAGACUUAUGCAUCUCUUCCUUCCUCUUCUUGUGCUGAGAACAUUUAUCUAGCUUUGAAUCAGACUCUACGCUAUCUUAUCCGCUUCCAUUCUAUGGAUGCAACAUGGGGAGAACUCCACACAAUGCAGUAUCCUAACAUUCCGUUCACGAGGACAUAUUUGAAGCCUCUAUACGAUAGAGAAAUCCCUGCUUCUGGUAAUUCGAACACUAUCAAUGUGGCUGGUUUCAAGUUCAGCAAGUUUGAAGGAAAGAAUAAUGAAAACCCAUAUAGUUUGUUCUUUGAUCCCAAGAGAGAGUUCCCAGCAACUCAUUCUGCAAAUCUUAAGUUAGUGGUGCCGAUGGAUGGUACUGUAUUCUACUCUCUUGACACAGGAAUCAGCGAGAGUUUAAUGUCAGGCUGGUAUUUCAAUAUGAAUGGACCUCACAGAGAAAACAAGCUAUUCAAAACUGAUUUUACAAAGAAGUUAGAAGGUCAAGGAGAUUUCAAGUUCAUCUUUGGACAAGCUGAACAGGAGAAAGUUGAUGAUCUUUAAACUUUCAAUACGCAAA